AUGGUCAAAGAGACGAAACUUUAUGAUCUUUUAGGAGUAUCUCCUACCGCGAACGAGCAGGAGUUGAAAAAGGGUUACAGGAAGUCUGCCUUGAAAUACCAUCCAGAUAAACCCACUGGUGACACUGAGAAGUUCAAAGAGAUCUCUGAGGCCUUUGAGAUUCUGAAUGAUAAGCAGAAGAGAGAGAUUUAUGACCAGUACGGGCUGGAGGCUGCCAGACAAGGUGGUCCAUCGUUUGGUGCCGGAGGACCCGGUGCCGGCGGUGCGCCAGGUGGUGGUGCCGGUUUUGCACACUCGUUCUCUAACGAGGAUGCCUUCAACAUAUUCUCUCAAUUCUUCGGUGGAGGUGCCGGUGGUGGUGCCUCGCCAUUUGGGGACGACGGUGGGUACUCCUUCCAGAGUUUCCCAUCAGGUGGUGCGGGCACCAGCUCAUACAGUAGUUUCGGGGGGAUGCCAGGCGGUAUGGGUGGUGGCAUGCCCGGUGGAAUGCCUGGUGGUAUGCCUGGUGGUAUGGGCGGUGGUAUGCCAGGUGGAUUCAGAUCUACCUCCGCUUCACCACCACCACAGGAGGAGGUUGUUCAAGUACAUUUGCCCGUCUCCCUGGAGGAUCUUUUUGAAGGUAAAAAGAAAUCGUUCAAAGUCGGUAGAAAGGGUCCAGGCGGUGCUCAAGAAAAAGUUCAAAUUGACAUUCAAUUGAAAGCGGGCUGGAAGGCAGGUACAAAGGUUACUUAUAAGAACCACGGUGAUUACAACCCACGUACUGGGGGUAGAAAGACACUACAAUUCGUCAUCCAAGAGAAGACACAUCCACUGUACAAGAGAAACGGCGAUGACCUAGAGUACACCCUCCCUCUCACAUUCAAGGAGUCUCUACUGGGGUUCUCCAAGACUAUUCAAACAAUAGAUGGUAGAACUUUGCCCCUAUCGAGAAGCUCACCCGUGCAACCCACAGAGACGUCCAGGUACCCAGGUCAAGGUAUGCCAAUGCCUAAGAUGCCCUCCCAAAGGGGUGACUUGGUUGUGCGUUUCAAGAUCGACUAUCCAAUUUCGCUGAACGAUGCGCAAAGACAAGCCAUCGCCGCGAAUUUCUAA